UAAGAACGCGGUGGAGGCGGACAAAAGAAAACCGCCGUCGCAGAACGACGAUGACGACCGCCCGCCCACCCUAUCAUCAUCAUCGUCCGAAGACCCACCACCUCCUUCUCCGCCAAAAAACCCCACAGUAAUAGACCAGAUCCCGGACCUAGUCAGAUCCCCACCGCGUCGCAUCGAGGGCUCGGCCGACGGGACUGGCGGCGGCGUUCCAAAAGCGCCUGAAAAUCGAAGCGCGCGAUCACCGAAACGAAGAAAGAUAGACGAGCCGGUAGAGCGCGGUUUUGACGGCCGUUCCAAAUGGAGCAGAGAUUCUUCUUCCGACCCGAUUUCGCCUUUCGUCGCUAAAAAACGAUCCAGCUCAAAAAAAGACAAGGGGAUAAUUUAUGACUAUUCGUCGGACUCGGAGAACACACCAGCGCCAGAUUUAUAUCGGUCGAGGCCGACAGCUGACGCAUCUAAAACAUCUAUGUCUCCUGUGCC